AAGCACGCUAGUGCACUCGUGCAGACGGAAGCCGACGCUCGAUUUGACCUCCCUCCGCCCGCGUACAAUCCAAACGCACAAUGAAGCGAGCAGGAUCUGGACGUGUUGCGCGCAAGAUUGGCGCCUAUGACGACGAUUCGGGCGACAGCGCGAACAGCUCACAGAACGAAGCACCGAAGCCUGUCUCCGUUGUGAAGCGACCGACAGUGGGCAAGAACAAGAAGCGCUCGGCACUGCGCAUAUCGUUCGGGCCCGGUGAAUCAGAUGCCAACGAUGGCGACGAAUCCAGCGACGCAGUCGUCACACCCAAGAAGUCGAACUUGAGCCGGAUAGCCCUAGAAAAGAGCGCACAGCUGCGUGCAAGAUCGCCGCUAAUACCAGGUGGGGGUGCUUCAGAGGAUGAGGGGAGACCCUCCUACAGCAAGGACUACAUAGCAGAGCUGCGCGGUUCUACACCUACAACGCCGAGAGAUCUGAAGCCGUCCGCUGAGGAGGAGGAAGAGUCCCGCGCACUUGACAUUGCAUCGAAAUUCGGCCCAAUCGCGGUCCGUCCUGCCGAAACCUCCUCUGCGAUUCCUACCGCCGCCGAGAUCGAGGAGAAGAAGGCGCGGCGGAGGCGCCUUGCACAUGAAGAGAAAGCCUUUGAAGACGAUGGCGAGCGACCGUGGGCAUCCGACGACGAAGGCGAGGACGACUUCCGCAUGAGGCGCAACGAGAUCUCCCUCCGACCGAAAGACAAAUGGGGCGAAACUCGCCUGAUCCACGAGGACGAGGAUAUAGCCGAAGGGUUUGAUGAUUUCGUAGAAGACGGCCGAAUCUCAUUGGGUCGGAAGUCUGAGCGGGAUGCGCAGCGCAAACGGCGCGCGGACAUGGCCGAGCUCAUCAACGACGCAGAGGGUUCAGGUUCAGAUUCGGAGGAUUCCGAAGAAGAGCGCAAUACAGCUUUCGCGGCUGCACAAGCGCGUGCUGGGCGCUAUGGACAGAAGAUUGAGGACGAGGAAGACGGCACCAAAACACCACCCAAAAUCACACCGUUACCAGACCUGAACGAUUUGCUGGAGGGACUACAGAUUGACAACACAACGAAGCAGCAGCGCAAGGAUCUAAUACUGAGCAAACUUCAAGAGCUGAAGGACGACAGGGCCCGGAUCGAGGAGCGGAAGAAGUUUCUCCAGGAGCAGUUGCAGAAGACGGGCGACGAGUACGAAAAACUCCGAGUAGAAUCGGGAUUGCCUGCGCUGCCGGCGAACGGCGACGGGAAAUUGAUUACCGAGAGAGGACUAGAUAGUCUGGGCACUACGCCGUUGGCCGGGAGGUCAAGCGAGGACUCGGAUUCAUAAGGUCAGCAAAAGCCUUGAGCGAAUGAACACAUCAAACAUUUCAUGUGAUAGAGUGGUUCACGAAGCACACCUCAAAGCUCGCAGUUGCGUGAACAUCCCCGGAAGGCUUACAGACCAAACGGUCUACCACAUGCAACUCAAUAACAAGACUCGGAUUAGAAUCAAUGGACUUAAUACAAUCGUUUACGCAGUAGUAUAUCAAAGAACUAGUCAUCAGACCUCCCCUGGUCGCCAAAGGCUGUACUACACCCAAGAGCGUCCGACUUGCCACCGCGACAGCUGCAAGGCUGAAAACAAAUGUCAACAGCAUCAACGGGAAGCUUCCUUUAUCAGUGCAGUUGUCCCCAAUUGAUGUGUGGCUGUGACUGAUCAGAUCGGGCUAGCUGUUGUUUACUAAAACCUUUCGAUAGUAGCUCGAUCCGUUGC